UGGCUAGUCUCCAGUUGAUUGUGUCAAAAUAUUUUUUUAUAAAUUUCAAAACUAAUAUUUAUUAUAUUAUUUAUCACAAUAAAUACUAUCUAAUACUAUAAUUAUAAUUAUUUUAUUAUUAGAAUAAGUUCUGUAAAUUAUGAAAAUUAAAACUAUAAUAAUAUUAUCAUAAAUAUAUACUAAUUAAUAAUUCUAACCUUUGUUAAUAUUAGCUUUGUUAAAUUGGCUUACAAAGUUUAAAAUUAUUAACAAAAUAUUAAGAAAUGAUUAUUGUGUUAUAAAAUGUCAUAUCAAGAUUCGCCGUUUUCGACUAUGUAUGGUCAAGAUGAUUAUGAUAUUGAUGAAGACAAUGAUGAGUAUUUAGAGGAUGACAGAGAUGUUGAAGAACAAGAUGAAAGUGAUGAAGACACAGAGGAAGCAAGUGAGACAGAUCUUGGAAAAUCUGAAGAAUACACAGAAAUAAAAGAACAGGUUUAUCAAGAUAAAUUAGCUAGUUUGAAAAAACAAUUACAACAGUUAAAGGAUGGAACACAUCCAGAAUACAAUCGUAAAUUAAAACGUUUAGAGACUCAAUAUAAAGAAAGAUUACGAUUGAAUAUAAUUUAUCGCGAUUAUUUGACAGAAUGGGUGGAACGAGAUUACAUAUUAGAAAAAAAAGCAGCAGUGAAAGAAUUUGAGGAAAAGAAAAUAGAUUUAAAAGAAAAUUUACUAACCGACAUGGAAGAAAAACGGAAAAUGAUAGAAUCUGAUCGACACACAAUGGAACUUACUGGUGAUUCAAUGGAAGUGAAACCUGUAAUGACAAGAAAAUUACGAAGACGACCAAAUGAUCCUGUACCUGAAAAAGUAGAAAAACGGAGGAAACCACCUCCUGCUCAAUUAAAUUAUCUAUUAGAUGAAAAAGAAAUAGAAAGUGAUUUAAAAGCUAUUAGUCGCGGUAAAGUACUGACCACUGUUCGCAAACCAGUAUUACCACAUUACAAUGCAAUCAACAUGCCUUCACAACAUAUUCCUCCACCCUCUGAUAGUCCUAUGAUAGAGACUAGAAUAGAAGAUGGAAAACUUUUACAUGAAAGGCGAUGGUUCCAUCGCGGACAACCAGUAUAUGUAGAGGGAAAAGAUUUAACCAGGUUUGCUGCAAAUAUUUCUGCGAUAGGAACAGAAGCCAUUUGGGUGAAGAAAGUUUCAGAUGGAAGUAAAGUGCGGAUAUACUUAUCCCAAUUAAGUCGAGGGAAGAUUUCGAUCAAAAGAAGAGCAUCAUAAUGACUAUCAUAAUGAAGUAUUCAUCGUUAUAAAUUUAAGUGUUCAGUAAUUGUUACACUUGUGAUAUGAUAUUAGACUUGUAGUUUAUUGAAGUUCUAUUUUCUGGAUUCAAUAUAACUCUUACUGUACUUGUUUUUUGCCACCAAUAAAACCAAACUUUUUGAUGAUA